GUACAAUCGAUAUCUUUAAUCAAACGAGUUAAUGUUAAACUGUAACUAUGUCCGUCUCGAGUAAGAUUAAUGUUAUCCUAUUGAUACUCUUAGUCAAAUUUGUUAUUACCAAUUCAUCUUCGUAUUCAGCUUGUACAAAACGGCUAGAAGUAUUAUUUAGACAUUGUUUGCUUUCCGCUUUAAUUUCAAAGCGUUGUCUUGGUCUGAACGAAAGGGUCAUUUCAUCUUCUUAUAGUGGCAUUGAAGAAUUGAAGAAACUUUGUAAUUCAUGUAGAAGCUGUGAAGUUUCAUUUAUGAGUUGUUCAGUUAAUAAACUGGACUCUAUUGACAACAGAGAAUGUUCACAGGCUAAAAUGUAUUCAAAUACGUUUCGUAGAAAACUUGCGGCCAAAUAAAUACAUACUUCGAUAUAUAUAUAUAUUAUGAAUUCGGUGUUUCAUUUUUGCAAAUUAAACCGAAAUAUAUGAGGAAUAAAUUGAUAUAUCU